CAAAGUCGGUUAAGAAAAAUAAAAAGAGAAAGCUGCCGCGUCAUUGAUCGGAAAUCAUAACCACAACCACGACCGCAACCUCCUCCACGCUUUCUCUCUCCUCAAUUCUCUACUUUUGCUGGAAAAUUCAACGAUUUAUUGUUUCAUCCAAUUAGCCAACAAUGGCGACUGCUUCAGUGGCGUUUAAGUCUAGGGAAGAUCAUAGGAAGCAGCUAGAAUUAGAGGAAGCUCGUAAAGCUGGGCUUGCACCAGCAGAGGUUGAUGAAGAUGGAAAAGAAAUUAAUCCUCAUAUUCCGCAGUAUAUGUCUUCUGCUCCUUGGUAUCUCAAUUCGAAUAAGCCGAGUUUGAAGCAUCAAAGGAAGUGGAAAUCGGAUCCGAAUUACACGAAAUCGUGGUAUAACAGAGGUGAAAAGGGUUUCCAGGCUAAUAAGUUUCGGAAGGGUUCUUGUGCUAAUUGUGGCGCCAUGACCCAUGAUGCAAAAUCUUGCAUGGACAGACCUCGAAGAGUUGGUGCAAAGUGGACAGGGAAACACAUUGCACCUGAUGAAAUAAUAGAGGAGUUUGAACUGGAUUUUGAUGGGAAACGUGACAGAUGGAAUGGUUUUGAUCCUGCAAGUUAUGCCUAUGUUGUUCAUAGAUAUGAGGCAAAGGAAGAAGCAAGAAAAAAAUACCUAAAGGAACAACAAUUGAAAAAGCUCGAGGAGAAAAAUAAAACUGGUGAAGAGGGUGAGGCUGAUGAAGAUGAAGAUGAUGAAGAUGAUGAUGAAGAUGCUUUGAAGGUUGAUGAGGCCAAGGUUGAUGAGAGUAAACAAAUGGAUUUUGCAAAGGUUGAAAAACGUGUACGUACCACUGGUGGAGGAAGUACUGGAACUGUAAGAAACUUGCGUAUCCGAGAAGAUACAGCCAAAUAUUUAUUGAAUCUUGAUGUCGAUUCGGCCUACUAUGAUCCUAAAACCCGGUCCAUGCGUGAGGAUCCUCUUCCUGAUGCUGAUCCGAAUGAGAAGUUUUAUGCUGGUGAUAAUCAAAAUCGCCUCAGUGGUCAAGCUUUGGAGUUCAAGCAGCUCAAUUUACAUGCUUUUGAGGCAUUUGACAAGGGACAGGAUGUGCAUAUGCAAGCAGCUCCUUCCCAAGCUGAGUUACUUUACAAGAACUUUAAGGUCAAUAAAGAGAAGUUGAAAACCCAGGUGAAGGAUACCAUAAUGGAGAAGUAUGGCAAUGCUGCAACAGAAGAGGAGAUUCCACGGGAACUUCUACUUGGUCAGAGUGAUAGACAAGUUGAAUACGAUCGUGCUGGCCGGAUAAUCAAGGGGCAGGAGAUGGCAGUUCCCAAGAGUAAAUAUGAAGAAGACGUAUACGCUAAUAAUCACACCACUGUUUGGGGGUCAUGGUGGAGUGAUUUCCAAUGGGGCUACAAAUGCUGCAAGCAGACAAUUCGAAACAGCUAUUGUACAGGUGCUGCAGGGAUUGAGGCUGCAGAAGCAUCAGGAGAGCUGAUGAAAGCUAACAUUGCCCGCAAAGAAACUUCUGAAGAAAAACCAGAGUCUACAGAAGAGAAAAGGCUGGCUACUUGGGGUACAGAGGUGCCUGAAGAUUUGGUUCUGGAUGAGAAGAAACUUGCUGAAGCUAUUAAAAAGGAAAAUGCAAAAAAGAAAGAAGAGAAAGACGAAAGGAAACGAAAAUACAACAUUAAAUAUGAUAAUGAUGUUACACCAGAAGAGAUGGAAGCUUUCCGAAUGAAGAGGAUCCACCACGAUGAUCCUAUGAAGGAUUUCCUGUGAAGCUGUGCUCUUAUAGUCUUAUAGAAUAUAGAUGACAUUUGUAUCAGUAGAAUUAAGAGCUUCCUUUCUAGUACUCAUGCUGUUUGUAUAUACUAAACAAAGUAUUUGAGGUCGCUUGUGAAUGUCAUUUGGGAGGUUUUUUUGUUGUUGCAAUAAUAUUUGCAAAAUUAUGUGUAUUAUUGUUCCCUCUGUUGUCUGUACACUAUCUCAUGACAUCAUGCAGUAUGAUUCAUAUUACAUCUGA